CAGUCCCCCGUAUUCAAGAAUAGCACACUUUAUAUGAAGCAAGGUUCAACCGUUCGGAGUAACGGACCUCGAUCCACAGCCCCUGUCGAUCCAGCUUAAAAAACAGUGCCUGAAAGGCAAAGACUGAAAACAAACAAACAUCUUUAGGAGAAGAUCCUCAACUUUGUUCGAAUCUGACAGUUAACGGCUGGUUCGAAAGCUCCGCUUUAAUCUCUCAAUCUCAAUCUCGAAAUGCCACAGUUCUUUCAACGCUUUCGUCGGAGGCCUAAGGGCCAGGAUGGCCCAACAGACCUGCCCCUCAUCCUCAGCAAGACGGGUAUCGAUUAUGACACCUGCAACUCCAACGCCUCCCUACGUGACUACCGCGAUCACACGGCGAUGCCCCUCCCGCAACCACGACGCCCACUGACCCCGCCGCCAGAAUCCGCGGACCCCGAGGAAAGCCCGGACGCUGUCAACACUCAGACUCAGAGCGCAUUGUUUGCACGGUUACCCCGGAAUAUCCGGGAACGAAUCUAUAUUGAGCUAUUCGGGGAGAGGGCGGUCCAUGUGGAGUAUGAUUUUGGGUUUGCGCCUGGAUACCGGGGAAGAGAGAAGAAGCCACCGGAUCAAUGGCGGUGGUGGCAUCGGGUGUGCGAGGAAGAGGACGCCAAACCGGGGGAUUUGUGUCGGUCGGAUGAUUUGGACGAUUUGAAGAGAAAGGGGAAACGAGAGCUGCUGAAGUAUAAGCUUAAGGGGGUCGAGUGGUUGCGAACGUGUCGUCUUGGGUAUCUAGAAGCUCUCCCGAUCCUCUACGGAACGAAUACCUUCCUUGUCGCAUCGGCCGUGAAACUAUGCAGAUUCCCCAAGGUCAUCGUUCCAUCGCACCUCACCGCCAUCACAUCGCUCGACAUCCUUCACAUAGCCAAAGCAUCAACCCCGUCCACAAUGUCAGAUGCCGACUGGUCAAUGUACAAUACUGUCUUCCGGACGCUCCGAUUGUCGUAUAGUGGAGUGCAACGUCUCCGUGUGGUCAUCUAUAUCCUCAAUAAGCCCUGCACACCACGCGCCGGGAGUGUCCCUGAACACCUGGAGGAGGCGUGGUUCCGACCGUGGCAGGAUCUUGCAACGAGUCGCACGUGGGAGAAGCUGGAAAUUGGUAUACAAGCGAGCUGGUUCAAGGAUUUCUCCGAGGGUUCAGAGAGAUGGGCAAAGAGAGUUGGGCGGCAGGAUGCGAGAUAUACACUUGUGCAGGUGGAGGACUUUACGACCUGGGAUGGGAAGUUGUCUGACGUUUGGAACACGCCUUAUCUGUAGUCCUCUGGGACCUGACAGGGCUCCAUGCAAGGAUGUGCCAUCUUGCUAGUGUUCAGGCUCUACGCUUUGUCCAGACCAUAGACAAUGCUAUGGAUAAGAGUCUCAACGAAAGGAGUUAAUCCCAUGGGAGAGGGCAGAAUCAUUGCAUUUUCCAUUUAUUUCAUGGAAUCAUCCGUGAUACCUCUUUGUGACUGAGCCGGCUCUUUGUCUAUCUGAUGUUUACCGAGCCUUACCAUCAACGGAUGAACUGCUUCUUUGUACAUACAAUGGCAUCAACAAUGCUUUGGUAGCGGAUAAUACAAUGCUAUCCUGAGACAUCGUAUUCAUCGCAUAGAAAAAGCUCCUAUCGUCCAUCGCAAUUCUCACCAUGCUUCCCACCACUUUCUAACUCAAUAGAUCCCAAUCCCUCCCUUCAAUCCAACCAAUCUACUACACAAACA